AUGCGAGUUUAUUGUGAGGACCAGCUAGUCUAUGUGUUUCAUCAGUUUAGGCAUAGCAAUAGAGAAACAUAGCUUUUUGGAUAACUCAAUGGAUAUUAGCAGGGUCAUGAGCAUAUUACUCUAGAUGGAAUAAGAUAAGCCUAUUUACUAGAGAAUCUUGAAAUACAGGUGGACGCAUAUUCAACUAAUCAACCUCGUACAUUGGAUACCUUUAACUCUUUCAUGUAUGGACUGGUUAACUCAAAUUCUAUAGAAAACUACGCCCCUUAACUCAAAUUUAAGCAUGGAGGGUAGAAUAUUUUCAACUCAGCAAACAAGAAAUCAAUUAGUCAAAAUAGAGCAAAAUUGUCUUUAGACAUUAGUAAGCUUAGAGAUGGCAAUUUACAGUAAGAUGAGAUUUGGGCAGUAGAGGAGGUUUGGAAAUGGUUAUAUCUGAAAAAGAAGGGAGUACCAUCUUAGAGAAAAAGUUAAUAUGAUUUCUUUUAUUGUAGGUAUCAUACUUCAAAGCAUAUAGAUAUUAGCACACCAAUUCCCUCAGAUAACUAUUUCAAAAACGUCUUUAAUCAUUUUGAUAAACUAGGUCUUAUUGUUAAAUUCUCAAUGUUAUCAAUGAUUGGGUAAGAAAAAUUUAGGGAAUAUGGUUUUAGAAUGCUCUAUGAUUUUGCAUUGUAUUAUACUUAGUUAAGAGAAUCAUUUGGUUAAGAAACUGAAUAACUAUUUAACAAAAGAGAGUGGGAUCAAAUAAACUAAAUAAUCACUACAUUUUAGUUUGCAACUAUUGAUAAAAAGAUGAGGUAUAAUUAUCAAGGUACUUAGCUUAAACUAAUUCAAGACUUGAUUCAAAAUAAAGUAGACUGUUUGCUAUCUGAAGAGCAUCAAGCAUAUUUAAAGUCAUUAUAUGGAUAUUCGAAUCUUCCUAAUUAUGAUUAAGUAAUCAAAGGCUCUCACUGUAUGAGAAACAAAUCAAAUCCAAACUAUGAUAUAUAGGCUGCUCAUGAUAUUAACCUAAUACUUACAGCUAAUGCUUUUGGUUUGGAAAUCAAUUAUAAAGAGAUGGAUUUUACAUCAUCAUUUAUCAUUGAACUAUAUUAUGAUGUAGAAAGCUAAGUAAUCGGAUAGUGUUUUGGAGAGGAAUGCUUUUACUUGAAGUUAAAAUUUAAUGAAAUAGAUUUAUUUUCAGAACUAGGCUAUUGUGACCAUAAAACAAACCGAUGUGGUUAUAUAAAUUUUAAGAAUUAUGUUUCGAAGACUUAUUAUUAGCCCUUAGAGCACUAUGAAAGCGUUUGUAAUGAAUAAUAUGAUCCUAAUGAGAUUGAGAUGGUUAGAGUCUGGAAAACUUGA